UCUCAUUAUCUCAUUUUCUCUAUCCGUUACCAAAGAAAAAUGGCCUUAACACUCCGUUCAUCUCCUUCUUUCAUUAGCCCAAAAGACACCAAAAACCACAAAACACCUGAAGAUUUCUCCAGCGUUAUCUCCUACACACCCUUCAAGCCCUCUUGCCGUCUCAGAGCGAAGAGCUUGACUAAUGGAAUGCAAGUCUCGGAAGAUAAGGCGUUCUCCUUCUCUGUCAGGAGGAAUGACAUGGAGGAGAGACUGCACAAACUCUCCGGCAGCUCAAAGCCGGGUUUUCGUGUCCCGGUAUUUGUUAUGCUGCCCCUCGACACGGUUUCGAUGGGGGGGAGCUUGAACAAGCCGCGUGCGUUGAACGCCAGUUUGAUGGCGUUGAAGAGCGCUGGGGUGGAAGGUGUGAUGGUGGAUGCUUGGUGGGGAUUGGUAGAGAAAGAUGGGCCUUUGAAAUAUAACUGGGAGGGAUAUGCUGAGCUUGUUCAGAUGGUCCAAAAGAAUGGACUGAAGCUUCAGAUUGUUAUGUCUUUCCAUCAGUGUGGAGGGAAUGUUGGGGACUCUUGCAGCAUUCCCUUACCACCAUGGGUGCUUGAAGAAAUCAGCCAGAACCCUGAUCUUGUCUACACAGAUAAAUCAGGUAGGAGAAACCCUGAAUACAUAUCUUUGGGCUGUGAUUCAUUGCCUGUACUGAGAGGAAGAACACCCAUCCAAGUCUACUCUGAUUACAUGACCAGCUUCCGUGAAAAGUUCCAGGACUAUCUUGGAGGAGUGAUUGUGGAAAUUCAAGUUGGCAUGGGCCCCUGUGGUGAGCUGAGGUAUCCAUCUUAUCCAGAAAGCAAUGGUACUUGGAGAUUCCCUGGUAUUGGAGAAUUCCAAUGCUACGACAAGUACAUGAGAGCUUCUCUAAAAGCAUCAGCAGUAGCGAUCGGAAAGGAGAAUUGGGGUGAAGGUGGACCACAUGAUGCUGGUCACUACAACCAAUUCCCCGAGGAAACUGGCUUCUUUAGGAGAGACGGAACAUGGAAUACGGAGUAUGGUAACUUCUUCAUGGAGUGGUACUCUGGAAAGUUACUUGAACAUGGUGACCAGAUCUUGGCAGCUGCCGAGGGGAUAUUCCGGGGCACUGGUGCCAAGCUAUCUGGAAAGGUUGCUGGGAUCCACUGGCAUUACAAUACAAGAUCCCACCCAGCAGAACUGACGGCUGGAUACUACAAUACCCGACACCGAGAUGGGUACCUACCCAUAGCACGGAUGAUGGGUAGGAGGGGUGUUGUACUCAAUUUCACAUGCAUGGAAAUGAGGAACGAGCAACAGCCAGAGCAUGCAAACUGCUCACCAGAAGGGCUUGUCCGGCAAGUCAAGACAGCAACAAAGACUGCCAAGACAGAGCUUGCUGGAGAGAAUGCACUGGAGAGGUACGACGAGGGAGCAUAUGGGCAGAUUCUGGUAACAAGUAGAUCAGAUUCCGGCAAUGGAUUGAGUGCAUUCACAUAUCUGAGGAUGAAUAAGAGGCUAUUCGAUGGCGAGAACUGGCGGCAAUUUGUUGCAUUCGUGAAGAGCAUGUCAGAAGGUGGUCGGAAGACUGGGCUAUCUGAAUGGGAUACUGGCAAGUCUGACCUUUAUGUCGGUUCUAUUAGCAACAGAAACCAGAAGACCAAGGAUGUUGCACUGGUGUAAAGAUACAUGUAUGCAAGAUUGAACAUAAUCCAGUUAAUUCUAGGUUGGAGAAAGAAAGAGCAGGAAAAAAAUAUAAAUAUUUAGAAUUAUAGAUACAUAUACUGUAUUUUAGUUUAGUUCGAUGUAUUUAGAAUAUAAACCGAUUAUUAUUUCUUUGUCCCAGUUUCUUUCAGGGACAUGAAUACAUGGUGUAUCUAUCCAAACCCAUGCUGAAUAGAGUGUAUGGGUUCAUCAUUUUAAUA